UCCAAUGGAUAAUGCUACCUAGGUUUCAUGCAACCAGCCCCAGAUUUCUAAUCCAAUCUCCAAGCAAUAUUUUGGCUAUAGGCUAGUACCAUUUUUAUGUAAGAUUGUGGGUUAGUUGGGUAUUUAUAGAACACGUAAUUACCCCAAUGUGCCCCUCCCCCACUUAACACCACACUAAAAUUUUGUCAGGUAAUUUGUUAAUAUUUAAAUUACACGAAGUAAAAUGCUGUAUGUAUUGUACGCUAAUUGUGCUGGCUCAAUAUACUAAUUCGUGGAUUUUCUUCGUGCCAUAAAAACUGACCAUAACAAAACAAGCAAAAUGUUUUUUAAAUUGUUUUGGAGCCUGUUGUUGUUGUGCUGCAUCUCAUCGGAAGGUCAUCCUGCUGAUGAGGAUUGGGAGCUUCAAAUGGCCAACGUUGUGUAUCGUCAUGGAGAUAGAUCACCAGUUGCCACAUAUCCUAACAAUAUUCACAAAGACUAUUGGAAACAAGGUUUUGGGCAACUGACAGAGAUUGGGAUGAAGCAGGAGUUUACGAUGGGGAAGUUUUUGAAGGAAAGAUAUAUUGAUCAGCAUCUUUUAAAUCAAUCCUACCUUCGAAAUCAGGUAUACUGUCGUAGUUCAGACAAAGAUAGAUGCUUGAUGAGUGCUGAGGCGCAAAUGGCUGGUCUUUAUCCACCUUUAAACAUGACAUCAAAACCUACUGACAAAGAAUGGCAAUUUUGGCAGCUGAUUCCAAUCCAUACUGUUCCCAAAGAUCAUGAUCAGCUUCUUCGACCCUAUGAUUACUAUGAUUGUCCGAAACUGUUGGCAUUACUCAAAAAAUCAUACAGUGAUUCAAAGUAUGUUGCCAUGGAAAACAAGAGCAAGGAUUUUAUUGCUGAAGUCAGCAAAAGAUGUUAUUCCAAACCGUUGACUUUACAGACAAUAUACAAAGCAUAUGAUACAUUUUUCUGCCAGAAAGCUCAUCAUCUGUCAUGGCCCGAUUGGCUUACUCCAGAUGUUUUUCGCGAGUUUGAACGGCUGCAAUACUUUACUAUUUCCUGGCUGUUUGCAUCACCAGAGAGAGCACGACUAACUGGUGGUGUCUUGCUAAAAGAGAUAAUUGGUAAUAUGAACAAGUUUAGAAGCGAUCCCAGUAAAACAAAGAAACUCUUCGUGUAUUCUGCACACGACACGACUGUCAUUGGAUUGUUAAGUGCGUUAAACAUAUAUAACGGUAUACCGCCUCCAUAUUCUACAGCUUUCAUCAUGGAACUCUACUACAGCAGGAUUACUUCCAAAUAUUCCAUCAAAAUGUUUUACCGAAAUGAUACUUCACAGCCAAAUUACGCGUAUCAGUUGUCAAUACCGAAUUGUUCCUCAAACGCAUGCGACUAUGAUACGUUUCUUACGCUCACAUCCUCUGCUGUCCCUAAUGAUCUCAAAGCUGAAUGUCACAGCAAACAAAAGCAAAAUCUUUCCGAAGAUUUGAAGAAAGAAGAUUGCAGAACUGAAUCCUCUGUGGAUGUUCUUACUGCUAUUCUCAUCAUCUGCAUACUCAUAUUCAUUGCCAUCAUUGGCUUUAUCGUCUUUCAAUGUCAUGUGAAACGAAAGUCAAGAUUUCUUCGGGAUUUUCAACAAAUAAGUCCUGACGAGUGGGAAUAAGAAGAAGCUGAAAUCACGUACGAUUUUUUUACUUCUGUGCAUUUUUUCGUAUUUUAUGCAAUUUACUUUAUUUGGGCAUUUAAAAAUUUUUCCUUUAUUUUAAAUGCCUAGUCAGUCUAGCGCUUUUGAGAUCAAACGGAAAUUUAUUUUACAGUAUUUUUGCAAUGUUUGGGUGGAUAAUGGCUAAUUGUAUAGUUGACGACCUCAUUUUCAUUUUGUACAAAUUUGAGCUUUGAGCGCUGGCAUAAUGGUUGACGAUGAUGUGGUUCGAGUGAGUCGAAAUUUUGUGUUAUACUAAUAUGAGUAUUUGCCGAUCUCCUCAUCACAAUCUCGUAUGCCAGUCUCUUGUGUCGUCAUUUAUUCAAUUAUCAAAAUAAGAAACACACUGUUGAUGAAAGUUUCAAGUACUAAUUUCAUUCAUGCAAUAGUGCCAGGAUCAUCUCACCACGUAUGGCAUUUAUGUUUUUUGUGUGUGGUACUAUGGUUUCGGUCAUUACUGAACCAGGUGCCGCGGAACAUCGAUAAUUGGGGGAGGGAGGGGAGGGUAAUACUCGUGCAUGCAGUUUUACUUUAUUAGUUUCGAUCGAAAUCAUUUGUUUUUACUGAUUAUAACGUAUGAAUAAAUGAAUAUGAACCCGUUAA